AUGCCUUCACUCGUGGAGAUGCAUCAGCGCCCGCGAUCGUCGCAAGAGGCGCUCCUCCGUCUCGAAAAAGGUAGCGCUUCUCCGAGUACCCAACUACACGAAGCGGCACAGAUUCUAGGAUUAGACCUUUCGUUGUGUGAAAGUCAUCCAGAGACACACCGAGAUGGCAAAAUUGAAAUUAAGCCUACUCCAAAGGAGGAGUGGGUUCUACGAUGGUUGCUGAAGAGACUGAGAACGGGGAAGAACUACCGCGUGGAUCCUGCAUCAUUCCUGCUACUGCGACAGCUGAUCGACCAAAUUUCACCGAAAAAUAUGGCGACCAUCAUGAAGGACCAGAAAUUUUUAUCAAUCAUUUGCGAGACGAUUGCGGACCUGGAGGCCGACAUCUAUGCGACAGUGGGGAAUUUGGAUUCUGACUCUAGCCAUACUCUGUCUGGCUCUCCCUCUACAGACGAGCAGCAUGGAACUCAGGGUAUGAAACGGAAGAGAGACAGUGCAGAGAACGAUCCAGAUGCUAUGGAUAUCGACAGCCCGCCGCAGAACUCCGCCUCAUGCUUCCUCACAUUCAUUCGCGCGCUGGACUGUCUGCAUGGAGUCGUGACUCUCGCCCAACGAACGAUCAGUACGGAUGAGAUUGCCAACUCCCACCUCAAACUCGCUUUGCGAGGCGAUCCGGACAUUAUUUCGUUGUUGCUGGGUAGAGCGUUCCAGCUGGCUGCUGUAGCUAUCGCCCAAUUCACUCGCGCGGGUAAAACGACCGAUCUUCAACACUUGCUUUACGUUUUCCCGGCAAUUCUCGAGCUUUGGGAAUCGAGGUCUCUUCGCCAGGACGAUACGGAUAAUAAAAUCAGCAACGAUUGCUUUGCGAAACACAGCUUUUCCCACGCUCUCAGGCUUCAACUCUGCCUGCGGAACGUAAAGCUCGAUACCGAUGAGAGAGCAUACUUACUGCAUGCGGUUGAAAGAAUCAUUGCCCUUCAUGUGCUUCUCCCAGUACGAGCAGCAUUCUUUGAACGAGGUGGGUCUGGCAUCGAUUACUCGAAGGAUGAACCCGACUGGAGUGCCGUUCAGCCAGUGACUGCCGCGCUCAGACCCAUUAUCCGCGAGCAAUCCAGUGUUCAAGAUACGGCCGAGAAAUUGAAAGAUGGAUCUUUCCACGCUCUUUGGCAGUCAAUUGAGCUUCUUCCUGAGCUGUUCGAUAAUGCUGUGCGAGCGGUUCCAAGGGAUGAUUUCAGACGCCAAACCCAUGAAGCUCCGUGGCUUGAAACUUUGUUUGUGGCCAUAGCAGAGCUGGCAUACUCUUCCUCCCAGGAGGAUGAUCCCGAAAACUUUUCUUCUCGAUUUGUCUCCGUACUGGAGCAGCUCCUCAGGGUGGCUCUUGAGCGAAAUGUUGGCCUGUCUCUUCACACUGUCCUCACUCACGCGGGCUACACUGGUCUAUUAGAGGAAGGACUAGAGAAAGUCCAGUGGACUGUCACUUCUUUGGUGAUCAGCCUUGGGGUUGAUGUCUUCCUACCCAACUCCGGAUUGCGCGAUACUCGCAAGUUUCUCGACGCUUUGCUCAGCAAGAUCCUUCUCGAAUGGCGUAGCGGGGCCACCAGCGGGUCUGAAAACUAUGAUAUUAUCAAGAAUGAGAUUGCGCUUCCUUUGUUGCGUGGUUUCGCAGCGGCAAGAGAUUUGUCAUCGUUCUUGGAGGUGUGGCAUAAUCAGCUAGUCAUUAUCGAGGAAGCCCGAUCUCAAGACAAGACUCUACCCAUGUUUUCUGUCUGGGAAGACGAUGACCUAUGCAAUGCGUUCAGUGAAGUGAUCCGAACAAGUCUGACUGGCUCAACCCUGGCAACCCAUAUGCAGACUGCUGUGGAGGAAACAAGGGCUGAAGAUGGUAAACUUUCUGAUACUCCUCAAUCAUAUGCAAAGAUUGUCGUGAUGGAGGCCAGCUCCCGCGGGAAAGCACUUGAAUUUGCCGACUCGGAGAAAAUAAUGGCCUCUAUCUUAGAGACAUUAACCUUAACUCUUUCUUCAAAGCAAACCCUACACUGGCGUUGGCGUUUAUGGCGGUUCGUGCGCAAUAUCUUGCAAAACAAUAUCCAGUCACCCGACAAUGCACUGGGUCAAGCGGCUCAAUCUCUGAUCGUUGCUGCUUCGAAGACUGUGCAUCGCAACCAUAAGAACUUGGCCAAGGCCCCUCUUGCCCCGCUAGAGUCAUGGGAAGCCUGCAGAUUUGCCUUAGUUUCCGCCAAAGGAAAGCUCAAUGAGGAGCAGCUUGGUGCCUUUAACGCUAUCUCUAAGGACAUUACCAGCCUCAUCGCCUCUGUGUCGCGUGAAGAUGCUCAGAAAUCGAUGGAGGCACCCUGGAAUGGCCACAUAAACACUCUCGACUCUGCGACAACCCUGGCUUUGGCCUAUGUCUUUGUACUUAUUCGGGCCCCAGAAGUAUGGGAGCGCAUCACAGUGGAACACCGGUCACCUCUUUUCGACCAGCUUCUAAGCCUGGCUGCCGCCCAAUACCAUUCGACGUCUUUACCUCUAGAGGCCGUGGCUGAUAAUGCUCGGUUCCUACAGGCAUGGUCGAGCAUCGUGUGUCACGAGUAUCUGCUCAGCGUACCAUGUCUUGUGCCUGAUCUGGUCCUUCUGCUUAACAAACGCAUCGAGCAAGACUCUGCUGAUCGUCGCAUCUAUGUGGAAAGUUUGCAAAGGAUUCCAACUGCGUUGAUUACUCGCGGUUUGAGAACUGCCCUUCUGGACAAGCUGCACGAUGUUCUGGUUCAACAGAACAGCAUCCCCGAAGUCACUCUUGGAAUUUUGACUAUGAUGGCGAAGCUGGCCGCCAUGCCAAAGUGCGAUGCCAACGUCGUUAGCGAAUGGGAGCCCAUUUGGACAGCCGCCCGAGCCAUCUCCCUUGCAGGCACCGAGCUCGAUCUUCAGAUUAUGAAGUCAUUCCGAAGCCUAUACCGUGCAAUUCUUGCCAAGUUGCUGCUUUUCGCAAAGGAUGAUCAGACUGUCACUUUCAAGAAGUUGUUUGCCAAAGUCUCUAAACAAGCGUCUAAAAUGCGACAGAUCAACCGUGACUCUGUGUCCUGUUUCCUUUUGCGCCUGACAUUGUCAGAACUCUGGGUGCAUCGUGCGAAGUUGCAAAAGGCUAUCUCUGAAGACGAGCUGGUUUCUUGUCGCCAACGUGUCUUCGAAUUAGUGCUGGCUGAUAUGAAAUCUGUCAAAGAUCAAUGCAGGAAGCAAAAGCUGGAAGAAACCAUCACUCUCAUCAAGACAAUUGAUGCUCUCGAAGACUUUGAGGACCUUGCAACAAAUCACAUCGAAGUGGAGAAGUUCUUGACCAAGAUCGAACAUUAUAUGGAGAUGUCAGUCGACUCAGAACCAUCCCGGUUGAUCCGCCGCCGUCUUCUUGCUACCAAGGGGCCUGAGAGAAGUAUCACUGAGCCAGUCCUGCAGUGCGCUGAGACGAUAACUCUCCAGUCGCUCUAUGCUGAAGACCAGCAGCUUUUUAUCCGGGCUACCACCGAACGAUUCCGUUCCAUGACCACUGAACAAGUCACGAAAUCAAUUCGUGAAAUUCGCGAGCUCGGAUUGACUGGUCACAACGCUAGCCAACGCAUUCUGGUGAUUUACCUCGCCAUCAUCUCACUGCCGGCAGUCGAAGAGAAGGAUAGUGAUGUCGCACGUGAACUGUCUCUCGUUUGCACAGCUCUGGCAAAUGCCAUGACCCGCAGCACCUCAAUUGAACAAUUCUCCUUCGCAGUGGAGAGUCUGGCCCUUCUCCUCCGCAUGCAAACCCGUGCCCUCGCUCAGUGCAACAUUGACGCCAUUCUGGCGGCCAUCGCCGCUUCCGCCUCCAAGGUCGGUCCGCAUAUCUCACCAGAGUACGCUCCCACCAUCUUUACUCGCCUCUGUCGCCUCAUGGGCAUUGUCCUGGGUCUGCAGCGUCUCAAGGUCGGUGGCCGCUUCCAUUUGGUUGUCCCUGCCAUGCAGCGUCUGAUGGCCUGCCUAUUCGCACGCUCCCGCAAGCGCACCCGCUCUCCCCGCCCCCAGAAUUCCCUCUCUCAGCCUUUCUGGCUCGCUCCGCUCCAAGCGUCGCACACAUCCUCCUACACCCGUCUUCUUACGACCCUCAGCGACCCCACAGUGUCCGCCGUGCUCCGGUCCCAGUCCGGUGGCUCGCGUGAUGCCCUCGUCGAUGAGACUAAGAAGGCGAAGCGCAUUGCCGGUCAGCACUUGCAGUAUGUCAUUAUGGAGUAUGCGCAGUGCUCGCUGCGUGGAUCUCUUCUGCCCGAAGUGAAGAGUGCAUUGAUGCCAGGCUUGUAUGCUGCGCUUGAUGUGAUGUCGAAGGAGUCGCUGCGUGCGCUCAAUGCCGGACUUGAUGUCUCUGGAAGAGCUAUCUUCAAGUCCCUUCAUGAGGACUAUGUCAGAUUUGGCAAGUGGAAUAAGGCUUGA